CCUUAUCCAAGAAACGAGGUGUCGAAUUUGUUAGACAUUAAAACAGAAGAAGAAAGAAGCUUACAAUGGAUCAGGAAACUUCGAGAAACUACAACAAUUAUUAUAUUCAAUUCAAUUACUAAAACUCUACCUUAGUUUAAUACUAAAGAGAACUAGAAACCAGAAGGCCAGAUACGUUCUAUGAUAUUGGCUAAAGAAAGAUUGGCCUUUUUACGAACUUGGAAGUUCUGCUGACAAAAGCUAGUUAACUUCCAGGAUCAUGUGGUCAUCAGGACGUACUAAGUUAUUCCUCUUCAUAGUUCUGGUGGGCUUUUUCCAUGGCUACAGGUUCACAACACGACUCACACGUAGAAGUAUGAACGUCACUGGCGAUAUUAUGCUUGGAGCUUUGUUUCCAAUUCACGAGCGAAGUAAUCGUGGUCACGAGUGUGGUCGAUUACAGGAGGAAGGUGUUCAGCAGUUAGAAGCCCUCCUGUACACUUUAAAGAAAAUAAACGAAGACCCCAAGUUACUGCCAGGAGUUAAGCUUGGAGUGAUUGCCCUGGAUAGCUGCGACAGCACCACCUAUGCUUUAGAACAAUCUCUGGAUUUUAUUAAAGGUUUCAUUGCAAGAAGCAACUACCAUGAAGAACAAUUCACUUGUUCCGACAAAUCUAUGCCCAAGUUCAGUAAUGGAAAUUUCGACAGGAUCGUUGGGAUAAUCGGCGGACAGUCCAGCUCUGUGUCCAUUCAGCUAGCUAACAUACUUCGCCUUUUUCACGUUCCUCAGAUCAGCUACCAGUCGACUAGCCCAACGUUGAGCAACAAAGAAAAAUACGAAUAUUUUUUCCGUACAGUUCCCUCUGAUGUCAACCAAGCUCAUGCUAUUUUGGAGCUCUUAAGAAGAUUUAAAUGGACCUACGUUUCCAUUGUAUAUUCUAACACCGACUACGGAAAUAAAGGUUAUGAAAAGCUACAAGACCUAGCACCAAAGUACAACAUCUGUUUUUCCAAUCCACAGAGCAUCAACAGUGACCAUUUCGUUGUCGAGGACUAUGACACAGUUAUACAAAAUCUCAAACAGAAGACCAAUGCCAGAGUUGUUGUCGUGUUUGCUGACAAACAAACAGCAAGAAAUAUAAUGACGGCAGCAAGUCGUUUAGGAGUUACCAAUCGGUUUGUCUGGAUCGGAAGCGACGCUUGGAGUGGUCGAAACAGCGUUGUCGAAAAGAAUGAAGAAGUUGUAGAAGGAUCAAUCACCAUUUCUCCAUUAGUAAGGUCAAUAAGAGGUUUUGACCAAUACUUUACAACUUUAACUCCGGAGAACAAUAAGAAAAAUCCCUGGUUCGUGGAAUUCUGGGAGGAAUAUUUCAAAUGUCAUCGUCAGGAGCUACAAGGAAGGCUGAAGUAUCCUCAUUGGUGCCCUACUAACAAGAGGAUAUCUUCGAGUAACGGCUACACUCAGACUCCUUCUUUGCAUUUUGUCCGGGAUGCUGCCUAUGCCUUUGCCCAUGCGUUGCACGAUAUGCACCAGAACGUCUGUGAUGGAAAAGAAGGUCUUUGUGAAAGAAUGAGGCGAAUAGACGGUCCUACGUUUAAGGGAUACUUGCAAAAAAUAACAUUCAUAGAUGAAAAUGGCAAACCGUUUCGAUUUCUGCCUAGCGGCGACGCUCCUCCGAGAUAUAGCAUAAUCAACUUCCAGCAACGGUCCGGAAACUAUACCUGGCGAAACGUCGGUCAUUAUAUUCUAGGCGAAGACGGUGAAGUUGAUCUCGAGCUUCACGAAGAUGAAUUGAAGUUCAAACAACACCAUCCAGGCUUUCCACAGUCCUUCUGCAGUGAGCCUUGCCGCCAGGGACAAAAGAAGUUGCAGAGAGAGGGAGACACCUGUUGUUGGUUAUGCACAAAUUGUUCCGAAUACCAGUAUCUUGAGGAUGAAUAUACCUGUCGGAAUUGUCCUUGGGGAACAUUGCCUAACGACAAAAAACCGAGUGCAUAGACAUCCAAGAAGAGUUUU